GCAUAAGCUAUAGCAGUAAGCGUCUUGUCGCGUGAUGUGCGGCCAGGCCAAAUCAUGCAUUCCAUACUCCUCCCUCUCUCGGCGCUAUCGCCUAUUGUUGUGCUCCCCAUUUUUGCCUCACAUUCCACCAUCUUUACCCAGACGACGGACGAAGAACGCCAAAAUACAUCAGAAUGUAUGUUUACCCGUGGAUGACCCAGUGUUUGGACUCUUUUGGGAUUGCUUCCGCGGUUUCGUUGCGCUGGUCGUUGGCUUUCUUCACCGGCGGAUUAGGGAUUGAAAGAGGAGGAUACUAAUCAACAGCAGAAUACACAGCAUACGGUGCUUCAAAGGAAUACGAGCGACCAAUCAAGAAGCACCGAAAUCAGGUCCUACAUUGGAAUCAAGGAAGAGCGACCACUGGAGCAAUGGCAAACGUAAGAUCACGCGCCGAGCCAAGCGGCUCUUUGAGCAGCACUGCGAUUAUCGCCAUUGUGAGUGCUGUUGGGGUAGUCAUUCUCGGUCUGCUCGCCGCGCUUGUGCUGCUUCUCAUCCGUGCAGUGCGCAGGCACAAGCAGAUACUUGCUGAAAUCGACGAGCGGGGCAUGACCAUCACUCAAGCGCAAAAGGAGGCCAAGACUCAUGAAGUGACAAGACCGCGCGCUGUACUUAGGCGGAAUACCAUCCUUCCGUUCAACUCAAAGUCGGGAUGGGGGGCGUUGCCAUCAGUGGAGACGAUCGGUUCAGCUGCGCCCUCUACUGGAUCAAACGCACCCGACCACUAUGUGCCGCACAUGCCGAUAGUGCCGAACAAGAGAACGAGCAGUCUGUCGUGGCCGUUCCAUCAGCGCAAAUCAUCUGGCCACAGUCUGAAGAUGAAGAAGCUGAAAGCCAACAGGCUGUCUGCUGUGUUGGAAGACCCUAAGCCAUCAUCUCUGGUACCAAUCCUCGGCAAGGGACAGUCACGACCACCGCUAGCGCUGCUGAUGGAGUAUGGAAGCGAGCCAUCUUCCUGCCAGUCGUUGUUGCGAUACCACCCGGCGUUCCGUAACCAGCAUGAUGACGUGGCCGAGUACGCAACACUGGAGAUUUCCAAACGACCACAGCGAGCUAAGUCGGUUACUGAAGUGCCCCUCGAGACUGAGCGUGUGCACAUCCGACAACGGUCCACAAGUCUCCACAGCCAGGCGUCUGGGAAGGCGCCAGAUGUCAUUUUGCCACCCUUGCCCUUCGACAUCGCCCGCAUCAAGGACGAGGCCCAGAAGAAGUGCGAGCUUCGCCACGUCCCAUCCAGAACGUCCAUCUCCAGCGUGGGCUCGAUCGACAGCUCUAUUUUGAAUCCGCGGCCAAGCCCGGUCCCUCAGUCGUCUCAGUCAUCUCAUGCGCGAACCCCUAAGAUCACCAAGCGGGAGCGCAGGAACAAUGCUCCGGAUAGGAUGAACCCCUUGCUUGAAGCCCGGGAGAAAAUCGCGACAGCGUCGCCAGAAGCACGGCGAGAGUUUUACGAGAACUCUACAGCCCUGCCCACUGAAUCGAGCAACCACACCCUCGGCUCGGAGCACACAUUGGGCUCAGUCGGGUCUGUCAAGAAGGCUGAGUCGGUGACCGUGAGCAGGGUGGUCUCUGCGAGCGCCACUCCUUCGCGCACGCCGAAGCGCAGAUCCAAGACGCUGGUUACCUCGACAGGCUCCCCGAAGAAGGACUGCCCGAUCGGCCCAGCCCCCAGGCUGACAACGAAGUCUCCCAAGCGCCAGACUUCUCGCGCGUCGUCCCGGAGCAGUUGUGGCAACCCGUUUCAGUGGGAUCCCGCGCCGCUCACAGCGACCGGUAGACCACCCUCCGCACUGAAGGGCAGCCCUAGCGCUCGUCAAGGCCACCGCAGGGGGCACAGCGUGCGCAUAUCCCUUGUGCCGACCGUUCACCCGAUUCGAGGUCGCAACAACAGCCCGGUUUUCAUGAGUGAAGACGAGCAGUGGUUUCAUACUCGGGCACAACAACACAGUCCAACGCGGGCUAAUAAUCGGGCGCAACAACACAGUCCGACGCGUGGUAAUACUCGCUCGUCGCCCGCGCCACCUUCGUCGGCGACCUUUGCUCCGGAGCUCCCCUUUGCCACGACCACGUUGAAAGCGUCGUUGACGCCAACGUCAGCCUCCCUGCCGCUGGUCAACUUCGACCAGACGUUUGUGGUUGCGCCCACCGAUCAGGUGCUGCCAGAGCUUUCCGAGCGCGAGCAGAGCCGUCUGAGCACCGGGUCUGUCUUCAGCCUGUCGCGCUUCCCGCUGCCACUGUCUGUCAUUGAGCCCGAGGACGACACUGUAAUCCACAUUCCCGACCACACCUUCGGGCUGCCUGUCCCAGAGACGCCGUAUCUGCAGCAGUACCCCUUCAGGACCGGCACGUCUGCCCGCCAGUCCCCGUCUCCCAGCAGCCUGAUCGACCUCGACGAAUACGACCCCGGCCAGCCCGGCCUGGGCUUCCAGACACCGACCAACGUCGCCCCGCGCGCGUACCCGUCCGCAUGCACCACGAUCCCCGAAGAGUCGUCCGUGGGCUCCAAAGCGACCCUGGAGCGCAGCACACCGGUCUGCGACUCACCCCCCGUGUCGCCGAAGACCGUGUCGCCGCCCCGCUUCACGCUGAACGCGCAGUACACGCUGCCGAUCCACGCGACCACGAUCCCAGAGGAAGAAUCCCCGCGCACCAUCAACCCCGCGGUGCUAACCCGGGACGCGUUCGCGCUCGCCCCGGCCUCGCCCCCGCGCCGCCUCAGCUACACCCCGGGCACCGCGGACGCGCCGACGUGCCGCCCGCUGCCCAGUCCACUGUCAAGCCCACUGUCAAGCCCACUGUAUCCGUCCCCCGCGUCCCCCCGCCCCGCUCACGCUUCCCUCCCCCAGCCCUUGCCCCCGCUGUCGCUGAACUUCUCGGCCAUCCCGCAUCUCGCGCCCGCGCCGGUGCGCACGUCGAUUCUCGCGCUGCGGCGCAUGAACUCGGAUGCGGAGGAUGCGCGGCGGCAGCGGGCGGGGCGGGGCGAGCGGCGGUAUUUGUUGCUUGGAGAGGGGGAGCGGGGCUCGGUGGACCGGUUUUCGGUGGAGGGGAAUGCAACCGAAGUCGACGAACUCCUCGCCUACGAAGAUACCCACCUCGACGACGACGAAGUGCGGCGCCUGGUCGGGAGCGUGCUGGAGUGGGACUCGGACGCGUCGGAUGCCGCGAUCCUCGAUCUCGACGAGCAGUACACGCCACGCGCCGCUGCGGCGCUGGGCGGUGGCCGGGGGGUCACUGUAGCCAACGGACUACAAAGCACAUCCCCCAGCGACGCCAGCGGCGGCGCAGAAGCGAGUCUGAGCUCCAUCUGGGACGAGAGCGACGCGUUCUGGGCCAGUUCGACGCCGCCGCCGGACGUCCGCUCUGACCAGCACAGCGCCUGCAACGAAGCCUCAAAACCCAACUCCACCACCGCAACACCCAAGCGCCGCAAGCGCGCGUUCCACGUCCCACUCGACCCGCCUUCCUCCCCUUACUCCCCCUGCACACCCCACGAGCAGGAGAGUCCAUCGCUGGGCGGCAAAAAGCAGCGGGACAGCGGUAGUGCAGCGUUCGGUAGUGCAGCGAGGAGCGACAGGAAACGCAGUGUACUCGGGCGCGGGGCGCCGAAUGUUAAUGCCGGGGUGAACGCAGGGGCGAGCCCGGGGGUCAGGACGCCGGGGAGUUGGUAUGAUGAGGAGGGGUUUCUGCGGUAGUGCGUGUGCGUGUAUGAAAGAGGAGUGGUGGUGAGAGAGGACUAGGGAGAGAGAGGACUAGGGAGAGAGAGGACUAGGGAGAGAGAGGACUAGGGAGAGAGAGGACUAGGGAGAGAGAGAGAGUGUGUGUGUAAGGUCUAUCUGCAUCGAGGGCGUUUAGUGCAUUUCCGUGGGUUCUGGGUGUAUUUGUAUGCUGGAGUUGUUGUUUUCUGGUGCGGUGUGGUGCGGUGUGGUACGGUGUACUGCAGUGGAGA